GGCAUAUGAAGUUAGAACUGCAGUUGGGUUGAUGUCGCUGCCUUCGUGGCAGUUUGAAACUGAGGCUGGAAGUGAAAGGAACGGGAAGAUAGGAUCCACGUUAUAUAAAGUCGGAGUUUGCACUUAUCCUUUGUGAAGAUGGACAUACCGAGCGGUUAUGUAAGACAGCCGGCGGAGCAGAGGCGACGCCAGCCCAGACCGGACUACGGCGGCGGGCCCACCCCGCUGUUCGACGACACCAGUUCUCCCAGCGACCCCGCGACCUACCAGGGCCAGCAGCAGGGCCAGGGACCGUUCUACGGGGGGAUGGGGGGGCAACAGAUCCUGUCGGACCCGAUGGCCAACAUGGCCAUGCAGUACGGGAGUUCCCUCGCCACACAGGGGAAGGACGUCAUGGAGAAACAUAUUGACAGAUUCAUCUCCAUAUCCAAGUUGAAGUACUACUUUGCUGUGGACACCACGUACGUCGGAAAGAAGUUGAUGCUCCUGUUGUUUCCCUACAUGCACUCGAACUGGUCCAUAAGAUACAACAAGGAGGAACCUGUAGCACCUCGAUAUGAAAUCAACGCCCCAGACCUAUACAUACCAGUCAUGGCAUUUGUGACUUACAUUCUGGUUGCUGGAUACUGUCUAGGAACACAAAACAGUUUCUCUCCAGAGUUGCUGGGCAUGCAGGCCAGUUCUGCCCUGGUGUGGCUCAUCCUGGAGAUAGUGGUCAUCACCAUGGCCAUGUACAUCUUGAGCGUGGCCACAGACAUCAAGACAUUCGACCUGCUGGCCUUCUGUGGAUAUAAAUAUGUAGGGAUGAUUGGUGUUUUGCUAGGAGGAAUGUUGUUUGGCUCAAUGGGUUAUUACCUGGCCCUGGCAUGGUGCAGCGCUAGUAUGUUCUUCUUUUUGUUACGAACGCUGCGGUUGGUCAUCUUGCCGGACGCGUCGCACGACAUGGCGAACAGCGGAGGGAACAAGAGCAGAACGUAUCUGGUGCUGGCCAUCGCCGUGCUCCAACCAAUCUUCAUGUGCUGGCUGACCAGGCAUCUCCUCCCCAGUCAAAACUGAACACUACCCUUUCUAAUCAUCUGUUACAAUCAGGGCUCUAGCCAGCGCCCGUUUUUCCGUCAAUUGACGGAAAUUUGCUGCGUGUGACGGAAAAAUUCUAAAACCAAUCUGUCAACUUUGACGAACAAAAUCUUUGGUGGAAGCUACAGGCGGCUUGGGGACGCCGUCCACGGCCGUAAAAGCCACACACUGUUUGUUUUGCUAUUGUUAUUAUUGUAGACGAAGUGUGUCAGCGCCCUUUAGCAUACGAUAAUCUCAUUAAAAACCCGUUUUUUUAGGUCUCAGUUCAGUCUUUCUAACUCAUGGAAGAGUGUUUUCGCAAUUUUUGCGACAAUGGGAAUUGGCUGACGGAAAAAAAUUUCGAGCUGGCUAGAGCCCUGGUUACGAUAGAAAACAUACUGCAAAUUUCUUGAAACUUUUUGUAUCCAGCACAAAGAAAAAACAUGUUGACCGCAAAGUAAAUAAAGACUAAAUGCAGAGUGUUUUAUCUUUUUGUUGGAUGUUAGAGGGGUUUUCAAGAUUUUCAUUUUCUAAUCACGUCAUGGUUCUUCUUUGUUAAAACUUAGACUACCCAGCUCAGAUACUGGAGGUAGUGUGGAAGAAGAAAAAAUGUAAUAUAAAGAUUUGAUAUUCUUUGUUACGGAGAAUAUAAGAGAAGGAUACAACUCUACUACAUGUACAAAUGUACUUUUUGUCAAAACUUGUCCAAAAAUCACUAAUGAUUAUGUACAAAACGUAUCUCCAAAAUGUGCAUAGCAAGCAGAAGGUCAGUUAUGUUUUCUGAUAUGAUUUGAUGUUUUCUGAUAUGAUUUGACCAUAUAUUUGUGCCAUCUGCAAGACAUAGAAGUGGGAGGGGGACAGUUAGUGUUGGGAGUUGGAAGGGUCCAAAGUUUUUGUAAGUCUAGCAAACUGCACCAUGUAUUGUAGUAAGAUGUAGUGUAAAAGAUAUCUACAUUUAUGUUAAGAGUGAAUAAUCAAUGUGUUUUGAUGUGCCAGUAAAGGGCAUUGCUAUACAGACUUUACUUCUAAAUUCUAAAGGCCAUGAACACAUCAGGUAUGUAGACAGACAGACACUUGCAAACUUCAGUUCAGUUCAUCCUCGUAUGUAUGAGGUGCCACAAAUAAUGCUGUCCCAGACAACUCUGUCCAGAAUUUUAGAAUGUAGUUUGGAUGACAGUGAAUGAGUGAAAAAAAACAUUCAGCCAUUUCUGGUCACUUACUUCAAUCAGUGCUGAAGACAAAGUUAUAUCCAUUUGUUGUAGGUCAUGCAUGUUUGUAAUGUUUGAUUUUCCAACAGUUACUAACAUUACAGUGUGUGAACAGAAAGACAAUUGUCACACAGUAACAAAAUAACUUGACUGAAUACUAGGGUACUUUUGGAUCGAAUGUCUGCCAUUGUUUGUGUACUGGAAUGUGAGAACAACCAUUUACAGGUAUAGAACAAAAGUCAACAAAAGCCUUGUUUGAAAAAUAUGAGUUAUUAUAUUUGCAUGUUAAAGUACGAAAGUAAAGUAAAUGUUUCAAUCCCUUUUCAUAUUUAACGUCUAUCCUUGUCAGGAUACUGUUAUCAAACAAUACAUAUUCUUUGUUAUAGUUUUGCCACCAAAGAAACUUGAAUACAUGUAGUUGUACUUCUUCAUUGUAUAUUGUGUACAUGUAUGUGAAAAUCUCCAUGUGAAAAGUCCUAGAAAAAUGCACCACAAAUUCAAAGAUGACUUACUUUAUAUGCAUAUUUGGUACUUUUGAAUGAGAAGCUAUUUUCAUGUCAACUGGUCAUAGUUCAGAAAACUUUUGUCCCAAAUAUGAGGUCAGUAGCAAGUACAGAAUAUCAGUUCAUGAUGUGGUUGUUGUCAGAGGUUUUGAAUUUAAGUUGACUUGUACUGUCUCGCAACAAAGGUUCAGUACUGGGCCUCAUAAAAUAGAGCCAGGAGUACUUGAACAAGCAAGGUAGGUCUAUUAAGAAAUAUACCCUUGUCAUGAAAGUUAUUAUAUUUAUCGCUCUAA